AUGUAUAUCCCAGACGAAGAGAUCUAUAACCCGUGCCCGCGUCCGAAUCCCGCAAAAAGUCGGAUUAAACCUGAAGACCUUCCGAAAUGUUACACGGAAAAGACGCUUCCUGAAGAAUACCGUUUCAACGUCCGACGUUGGAGGCUUGAGCCUGGAUACAUCAAACCCCGGAAGUUAUUCUACGGGUUUGGUCUGGAUAUACAAGAUUUUAUCGACUACCACCAAAGACAUCAACUCCCUCGACCACCGCCAAUGGACAACCGAGCGAGCUUGUGGCACUACAUCAUGGACGACGUUAUGGAGGACUUGAGUGCUCAUUGUCGCUUCAAGCUCCAGCGUAUACUACCUUUGUCACCAAAGUAUGACUACACGAUUGCGCUCUAUAAUUCCCACCACAUUAGCGUCACAGAGCUGGAGGACGAUGAAGAGGAAGAUGUUAUUCGGAUUAUCAAGGAAAGAUUCGGUGAAUACCUUGCCGCACAGAGGCCGCAGUGGUUUUUCCUCCUUAUAGAUUCAAUCCACUGA